UUUCAAGUAUUCCAUAAUGUCCAUCCAGAUGUAUUCGCUGGAUUAGACUUUGACAGACGUAUGUUUGUCGUCUUAGACGGUUUGAACAAUCAGCGUUACGGUUUAUUGAGGCAACAAUAUGAUGUCUGGAGAUUUGCCGCUGAACAUCAACAUUAAGGAGCCGCGAUGGGACCAGAGUACAUUUAUGGGCAGAGCCCAGCAUUUCUUUAUGGUGACCGACCCAAGAAACGUGCUUCUGUCAAGUGAGGUUCUGGAGGAUGCCAGAGUCACUAUAGAGAAUUACAGGCAGGGUAUUGUGCAACCUGGGCUAACAGAAGAUCAGCUAUGGAGGGCCAAAUACAUCUACGACUCUGCCUUCCACCCAGACACAGGCGAGAAGAUGCUUCUGAUUGGCCGCAUGUCUGCGCAAGUGCCCAUGAACAUGACCAUCACAGGUUGUAUGCUCACAUUCUAUAGGACAACUCCGGCAGUUGUGUUCUGGCAGUGGGUCAACCAGUCUUUCAAUGCCAUUGUCAACUACACAAACCGCAGUGGAGAUGCACCAAUCACCAUGAAUCAGCUUGGAGCAGCAUACGUAAGUGCUACCACAGGGGCUGUAAUUACUGCUCUUGGCCUCAAGUCCCUAACCAAGCACCUGCCAGCUAUCGUGGCCCGCUUCGUUCCAUUUGCUGCAGUGGCAGCAGCAAACUGCAUCAACAUUCCCUUCAUGAGACAAAGAGAACUCAAAUAUGGAAUUCCCAUCACUGAUGAGGAGGGUAAUCGCCUGGGGGAGUCUGCCAGCGCAGCUCAGCAGGCCAUUGUUCAGGUGGUGGUGUCUCGAAUCGGCAUGGCUGUGCCAGCCAUGGCUAUUCCCCCUGUUAUAAUGAAUGCCUUAGAGAAGAAGGCCUUCAUGAAGCGUUUCCCAGUGCUCAAUGCUCCAGUGCAGGUUGGCCUCGUUGGGUUAUGUCUGGUGUUUGCUACUCCGCUGUGCUGUGCUCUUUUCCCACAGAAGAGUUCCAUGAAGGUGAGCAGUCUGGAGCCUGAGCUACAGGAGCGCAUACGACAGAGCAAUCCUAAGACCACCACUGUUUACUUCAACAAGGGCCUGUAAAUGCCUCUCCAAGCCAAGGCUGAUGCAUCCUGCUCAAAGGGAUGUUAGUGGGCACAGUAUGAAGAAUAAAUAUAUUUAUAUUUUUGAUUUUUGUUUCCUGUUUAAAGUAACUGCAUAUGUAUUUGCUUUGCUAUAUUUUCUCACAUCUGCCUUCCCUCAUGUUGAUAUGCAAUCCUGAGUAAAUUUCUGUACAACAGAGUAUCACUGAGCUGCCUAGUAUGAUCUGGUACAGUGGGGUUAUGGUUAUGGGUUAUGAGGAAAAGGGUUUGUUGAUGUUAUUGCAGCUCUGAUGGAAAUGACCACAUAUGUUUAUUAAGUAAUCUAUUGUGCUUUCCUAUGCACUGUCCCAAAUUGUUAAUGAAUUUAUUUAUCAUUAUUUAUUUUUCUUUAUGGUAGAAAAUUUGAGCAAUGUAUUUUGUUCUUUUUUUUGCUUGAAACAGCUAAACAUCUGUCCAUUGUUUCUGCUAGAUCAAGAACAGAAUGCUAGAAUACUCUUCCAAACACACAACUGUUCAGGAAGUCAACUUUGAAUCAUAACAUUUACCACUUUAACACUGUAAAUGAUUGAUUGCAUCGAAUACAUCCCCAUAGGUGCCAGUAAACUGCACUUGACACCUAGGGUUCUUGCAUUUUGACACUCCAGUGGGUAUAGCAGGUAGACACUUGUCUGCACAUGCAAACAUGCACACUUUUAGGUAACUCAUGGGUCCAUAAUAUGCUGAUUUCUAAUGUUUGAAAUCAGCAUCUAUAUGUAAGCCUUAUGUGGAUUUCAACCAUUUAAGUUUCUCAGUGGAGAAAAUGUAUAGCCAUUGAAAAAUAUGCUGUUGGUGUAACAACAAUGAUAUUGUAUGUUGUUGAUGUAGCAAUAUCUAUGCUGAUACAUUUUCCCUUUAGUAACCUUUGUGUUUUCAAUAAGCAUUUCUUUUUAUAGUCAGUUGCAUAAAAAGGGCAUAUUCUGUUAGUUAUAUCAUAGACAGUGCAAUAAGAAGUAACCAUUGUUGGUGAAUGACUGUAUGGAGUACAGUGGCAUUUUAUGUCACUUAAACACUUAUUUACUGCAGUUAAGUAGUAUUCAUGUUUCCAUUUAAGAUAUAAUUGCGUAUUGUACAUUUAUAUGAUGUAUAAAACACAAAUAGCUGCUUAUCUUACAUAUAAAUGUAUAUCUGUUUAUCUAUAUUAGACUUACCCCAUGUGCUCACUCAUCCAUUAGUGCUGACAUAAGCCAUAAUGGAUGCAACUGAAAAUUAUUUUUUGUGGAAUAAUAUUGUACUAAAUAUGGGCUUAGUAGUAAGUCUGUCAUGUAAAUUUUUAAUGCAUCUAAAAAUCUCAUUAUAGUUUGAGCAUUUAUGAUCAAUUCAUGAAGUAUUGUGAAGUAACUGUGUUUUUGUGAGCUGUUUCUGUGUAUGAAUUCAAUCUACCUUGCAGUGUUUCUUUUUGCCUUACCACUUGAAACACUAGGUCUAUGACUUUUGAAAGAGGGUUUUAAGAAACAUGUGCUCUUUAUGACCACACAGUGGCAGUAGUAGUUCUUGUAUCAAUUGUGCUGUAUAUUAUGCAAACAUGACCUUUUAUGAAUUUUCAGGUACUGUCAUGUGAUAUUCAUACAUUAAGAUACAUGUUAAAUGCACAAUAGGUGUGCAACUACUUCUAAUCAUAAAUGUUAUUUUAAAUGGGAAAAGCAAAGAUCAAUUUAAUAGAUUAACUGCAUAUCAUGACAUUGUUAAGAAAUGUACGUGAGUGCAGUGUUACAGUUUUGACUGAAGUGUUUUAGAUGAACAAAUACACUUACCUUCAGCACCUUCUAUGUGGACAAAUUCACAAUCUUGUAUGUUACUGAACCAUCGCGAAUAAAGCUUUGGCACAAAUUAUCAAUACCAUAACAUAAUGUGAGAGAUCCAACAGUCUAACAAAUGAAUACUGACCCUUUUAGCCCAUGUAUUCUUUUUUCUUUUACAAAGAAGAGUGGUGUAAUUUGAAAAACUCAAAAUGCAUUUUGUAUUCCUGCACAUUAAAAUGUCAAUAUACUGAUACUGGGAUAAAUGGUUACAAUAUGGGAAACAACAUUUUCUUUCCAAAUAAGUUUUUCUGAUGAGUUCAUGAUAGCAAUCAUUUAAGGCACCUUUUCUUAUAUUCAGUUCUAAAGAUCUUGUUUAACCAGUGAGCUUUCCUUAAUAGCUUCAACAUUUUUUCUCAAUUUUCAAAGCAUAAAUGUCCCAUAAAGGUAGCAGAUACAUUUACCACUUUACCCAAUCUGCUAUAGACUUUGGAUAUAAAUAUGAAAAAAAUGGGAAAAUAAGGCAUAAAUUUUCAAAUGCAUGAUAGCAGAAGUUAGUUUAAAACUAAUUUAUUUGUAACUAUAUUUGUAUGAUUGUUUCUUGCUGUGGACUAUGAUGGUAAUUUUAAGCGUUUCUUUAAACAUAGCCAGCACAAUAAUGAGCUUUGGUUAAGCAAUGGGGGAUGCUUAACCAAAUAAUAUAAAUUAAAUAUUGAAUAAUUAUGUUAAAUAGCAAAACUUGGGGAAAGACACUGCUUUUGUGACACUAGGUGCUAUGUUCUGAUCAAGAAUGUAUAUGAGCACUUGCCAAAGAGCACAGAAUGUCUAGAAAAGAGCACAAUAAGUGAACUCACUCCUCAAUCAGUUCUUAAGAUAUUGUAUAGUACAUUGCUGCACCAUGUCUCUUCUCAUGUAUUUUGUCCUCAAUUUUAUGGUCGUGUAUUUAUUUAUGGCAUAAUAAAAGUAUGAAACUAACAUGGGCAGGCUUAUUUUAAUGGUUUACUUUAGGAUACUAUUCAAUUCUGCAUGCCUUUUGAUAGUAUUGUCAAGCUAUUUUUUGUUGGUGAAAUCAAGCAUAAACUAUUUCAGAGUAUUUACAAUAUAUACUAUAUUUAAAUUACAAAAACAUUACGUUUCUGGAAAGGUAUGAAGAAUGAUCUUGUCUAUUACCAAAACUAAUAAAGUGCUAGAGACAUAAAUGCACUGUGCAUUGACUUGAUACAGCCAAUACAGCUAUCAUCACUGUACCAGGAAAGCUACUUUAUACUUUAUAUAAAUUUGGUCUCCAUUUAGUUAACAGACUUGACAGCUUCCAAUUGGUAGUAUACUGCAAAUACCCAUUGUCCUUUGUACAGUCACACCUCACACUUAAUUCUUUGAAGUAAAAUUACAUGUAGUAUGCAACAUAUGAAUAUAUAAAUGUAUACAUGAAAUCAACUGACUAGAAAGAAUUUGAUAAAAUUCUUUAUAGUGAAAAACUUGUUUCUUCCAGUGAUCAAAAUCUGAACUUGGGUUAAAGAGCUGUCCUCUGAAAUAGCACAGACCUCAUUAAGACAAGUUAAAAGUCUUUCAAACACAAAACAUGAAAUAUAAAGAACUCAGAAUAUCAGAUUUCAGUAACUUGCUUUUUAUGGUACAUGGUAAACCCCAUCUGCUUCUGGACCUUGGGCCGUCCACUAACCAAAACCUGUUGAGCAGGAAAGCGUGUGUAAAAGCAUCAAAUCUGCUCUCUCACUGGGGAGUUUUGAGUUAGAUUGUCAUUAAAAA